AUGAAAUUUGAAGAGGUUAUGAAAGAGACAGAGGCUCGAGGGGCUAGUCUUCCCUCGGAUAUGAUAGAGGCUGCCAAGAGUGUGGGAAUUAGAAAAGUGCUUCUCCUUAGAUAUCUGGAUUUGCAGGGGUCAGCCUGGCCUCUAGGCUUUCUAAUGAAGUCAUGCUCUAUGCUUCGUGAUCGAAUGCUAGCCGAUCCGUCAUUUCUCUUCAAAAUUGGAACAGAGAUAGUCAUUGAUUCUUGUUGUGCUACAUUUGCGGAAGUUCAAAAGAGGGGCAAAGAUUUCUGGGCAGAAUUUGAGCUGUAUGUUGCAGAUCUUUUGGUUGGGGUGGUGGUUAAUGUUGCUUUGGUUGGGAUGUUGGCACCCUAUGCUCGUAUUGGGCAACCAUCAUUAUCCAAAGGGUUCCUUGGGCGCUUGCAGCAUUCUUAUGGAGCUCUCCCUAGCAGUGUAUUUGAAGCUGAAAGGCCUGGGUGUAGGUAUUCAGUAAAUCAGAGAAUUGCAACUUACUUUUUUAAGGGCAUCUUGUAUGGCUCAGUAGGCUUUGGAUGUGGUAUCAUUGGACAAGGAAUUGCAAACUUAAUCAUGACUGCCAAGCGGAGCGUAAAGAAAUCAGAAGAGGACAUACCCGUGCCACCUCUAAUUAAGAGUGCAGUUCUUUGGGGUGUUUUCCUUGCUGUCUCUUCCAACACCCGCUAUCAGAUCAUCAACGGACUGGAACGCUUGGUAGAGUCAUCGCCUAUGGCAAAGCAGAUCCCGCCCGUCGCAUUGGCUUUCACGGUUGGUGUACGGUUUGCCAACAACAUCUAUGGUGGAAUGCAGUUCGUGGACUGGGCUAGAUGGAGUGGGGUUCAAUAA